AUGCAGACGUUCGAAAUUUAUUCAUUAAUUAAACUUUAUUCAAAAACUUUUAGAGAUUAUCUCCUUCAUCCGCCACUGUCACCAGCAAGGAGGUCCAAAAUAGGUAAAAAUGGGAGCGGAAGUGAACCAAAAAGUGAAAAGAAAGAGAAGAAAGUGAAAAAAGUUGAAAUGAGCGAGUCAAGAAUCAAGAAAUUUCGUAAAUUAUUUGCACUGAAAAUUGCCGACGAUGAGAAAUUAAUAAAUUAUUUUAGUUGUGCAUUGGUUGCCGACAUUCUACUGCAGGGUCAUCUCUAUGUGUCUGAGAAUUAUUUCUCAUUUUAUUCGAAUGUUUUCGGAUAUGUUACGAAGCUCGUUAUCCCCAUAUCAUCAGUUACACUCAUUUCAAAAGAAAAGACUGCAAAAAUGUUUCCAAAUGCCAUCGGCAUUCAAUUAAGCGAUGCAAAGCACGUUUUUGGUUCAUUUCUAUCUCGUGAGACUGCCUAUCAACUAAUGUUAGGUAUGACAAAAGUGGCACAAGUGCCAGCACUAGAAAGUAAUGAAAGUAUCAAUGAGGCAGUCGAGGAUGAAGCAGGAGUUGAUGUUGAAGUCACGGAAUCGUCAAAAGAAGACAGCAGUUCACUGUCGAGUGAAGGAACGACGCAAUUUAAAAUUAUAGAGACGAUUGAGAUGGUUAAGGAGGAAGAAGAGGAAGUACUGGAACAGCCAGAACCACCAUCACCACCUCCACCAACACCAAAAGUUCAAAAAUAUCAGCAAAUUGAAUACAAAUCAAAGCCAAAAGUUGUCGAGUCACCUUCAUCGUCGUCAAAUCAUUCACUAGUUCUGUUCAUUGGAAUUGCACUGACUUUACUGCUCGCAUUUUUUACCGCAUUUUUACUCAUCCGAAUUAAUUCACUUGAGAAUCGGCAUUUAACCACAAGGGAUUAUAGUAAAAUGACAAUUGAAGAGGCUGAACAGAUUCUAAACAGGAAUUUGAUGACUGUGAGGAAUGUGAGGCAGAAACUUGAGGAGCUCAGUAGUCAUUUGGAGUCUAAGUUUAAGGAACAGUCGAGGGAUGAGCUGUAAGUUUGGGGGAUAUUU